UUGAUAGAAGAGACGCAGAUAAUUUGUUAUUAACAAGGAAGUGCCUGUUACUGUCAGGCUCUGAACGAAAGGAGAACAAAGGCUGCCCAGUGAACACUGGAACUGAAUCGCAAAAGCUGAUAGACUUUUAUUAUUGUGUCUCCUUGUCUUCUGGAUUUGUUCCAUGACACUACAAUGAAAUAUGGAGAAACACUAUUGUCGCCAUAAGUGAAACGACUUCGAAAAGAUUCUGGCAACUAAAGAGACUGAAAGAGAACUCUUGAAAUUCGAUUUUUAAUCUUCGCAGAUUAUUUUUUCUAGGUGUUUUCUGCACUUAAUAUAACAAUCAUGUUAAAUUCCCGCUGACAAAGUCGAAAAGUGGAAAUAAAAAAGCCCUGCCUGAAUUUUAAAGGAACAUCUGAGUUCAAAGAGAGAACAAAGGCACAGCAUCUCCAAACCUGCUUUUUAAGGCACAACCCUUCUGGCAGGAACAUCAAGUUUUGCAGCAAGGUACUGCUCGUAUAAAUUUGAUUUGAACUUUCUGUUGUCUUUAGACUUCUGUUAGUACUUAGGUGGGGGCUAAUUUUUUGGCCCCUGCCUAUCCAGCUCUAUUUAGGUAUUUCCUAGGGGAUGAUGGAAACACCCUUUUACCAUGAUGAUGUGUUAAAUUUGCAUCUGGCUCCCAACUCUUACACUUCAACCUUUGGCAUCAUGAUGAAGAAAGAUCUGAACCUUAACCUAAGUGACCAGGUGGUGGCAAAUUUAAAACCCCAUCUGCGUGAUGGAGAUGGGCUUCUUACUUCACCAGACCUUGGGCUUCUAAAGCUGGCUUCACCAGAGUUGGAGAGACUUAUAAUCCAGUCAAACGGAAUGGUAACAACAACCCCGACAACAAGCCAGUUCAUGUUCUCAAAAGUGGCAAGUGAAGAACAAGAAUUUGCAGAGGGCUUUGUAAAAGCUCUAGAGGAUCUUCACAAACAGAAUCAACUGGGAUCGUCACCAGGUGGGGUCGAUCUAUCUUCAGUGCCUGGUGGGGGAAAUAUUCAGCCUGUUUCAUCUUCUGAUGCCCCAGUUUAUGCCAACCUAAGUAGCUAUCCAAAUGGAUCCAUGGGUACCACUGUUAACUACAGCACUGAUACUGUCCCAUACCCACCACCUCCAUCCAGCAUGGCACAGCAGCCACCUAGACAUUUGGCUUUAAAAGAUGAGCCACAGAUAGUACCAGAAGUGUCCAGCUUUGGCGAUAGUCCUCCAAUGUCCCCUAUAGAUAUGGACACACAGGAAAGAAUUAAAGCAGAAAGGAAGCGGCUGAGAAAUCGGAUAGCAGCCUCCAAGUGCAGGAAGAGGAAACUAGAGAGAAUUUCCAGGCUUGAAGACAAGGUGAAAAGUCUUAAAUCUCAGAAUACAGAGCUGGCAUCCACUGCCAACCUGUUGAGGGAACAGGUGGCCCAACUCAAGCAGAAGGUCAUGAGUCAUGUCAACAGUGGUUGCCAGCUGCUGCCUCAACAAGUCCAAGCCUACUAAACAUUGGCUGGAAAAUCUCAAAACAGGUUCCUUCUCUUGCCUUACAAAUGUAUGGAAAUCAUGACUCUAAAUGCACAAAGAGGACAGUGUCUUUGUAUUAUCCUCAGGAAUUGCAUCCUUGAGACGAAGCCAAAGACUGUUGGUGAUCUACGUGUGGUAGUCCAAUUCUUACCCAUCACUACUGACAAAAGUCCAUGUUGCCAUGCCAUAACUAGUUUUUAUUGACUGAACAUAAUCCCUCCAUAUUAAAAACACUCUUGAUGGAGUAAUGCAUGAGACUUGAAAUAGGACUUUAUACAAAGAUGCAUCUCAACAAAUUAGUCUAUUUGAAAUAACUUUGGCCUUGGGUUAGUAUCCAAAGACUGUAACUGGCUGGUGUUACGGUGUCCCAUAAAUUUGUUUUGCUGCAGGGGUGGCCUGAGACCCAAAUUAAAUUUAGGUAAUGUUACCAGACCAUGAGGAGUUAUAGGGUGCUGCUGUAAAAAGGAUUGCCUUCCCCACCCAAAUGGGUCUCAUACAGAUUGUUGUUUGUAUUUCAUCCAUUUUUAUUUUAAUUAACCACCAUUAUAUUUAUAUCCAUUAUAGACAAACUUGGUUUACUGUUUAUUCCAAGUGCAACGAGUCCUGAUUUCUAUAAGCCUUAAAUGUUUACAAAAUCCUCUACAACAGGAGCAAAGUCCAUUUACUCCUGCAAAAGUACUUAACCUCUUAAUAUCUGGAGCUGAUACCUCUAGCACCAUAUGGGUUAAACUAAAGUGUGUUAUUUCUGCACACUCUGUUUUGUCUGUUUGUAAAAUAUUGUAAAUGUGAUUUUACAGAAUUGUUUUUGAAGUGUUCAGUUUACUAUAUUUAUGUUAUACUGGGAACAAUGUUUUUAAGCUGUUUUUUUACUACACAUUCCAGUAUAUACAGUACUUCAGUGCUCUUAUGUAUAAUAAAGUAUUGCUUAAACUAA